AUGGGUCUCGGAGAGAGGUUCCUCCACAAGAUUAUCCACAAUGAGGCCAUGAAAGAGGACCCGCCAGAAAUCUACGGCUGGCGCGUCUUCGCCCUCGCCUGCUCGGCCUGCUUCGGAGGCAUGUUGUUUGGAGUGGACAUUGGUAUUAUCGGAGGUGUCUUGACUCUCCCCGCAUUCACCGAGGACUACGGCAUUUCUCAUCUCAGCAAAGUCGCCAAAGCAGAUCUCCAUGCGAACAUCGUGUCGACACUGCAAGCCGGCUGUUUUGUAGGGGCUCUAUUCGCCGUCUACAUCGCUGAAAAGAUCGGUCGCCGAUGGGGACUCAUUGCGGCCGCUGCUGUUGCCAUUGUGGGAUGUGUCCUCCAGGCGGCUGGCUCGGGAGUAAUCGCUGUUAUGUAUGUCGGUCGAUUUUUGGCAGGUCUGGGUGUGGGCGCUGCGAGUAUGGUCUGCCCACUCUACGUGUCGGAGAACGCGCCACGCGCCAUUCGAGGUGGCCUGACUGGCAUAUACCAGCUAUUUAUUGUAACUGGUGUCAUGCUGGCCUUCUGGAUCAAUUACGGCUCGCUUCUACACAUGGAGGGCAAGGCAACCUACAUCGUUCCGCUCGCUAUGCAAGCCUUACCUGCUCUCCUCCUUCUCGUCAGCAUGUGGCUUUGCAACGAGUCUCCCCGCUGGCUCGCGAAAGCGGACCGAUGGGAAGAAGCCACUAAGACGCUCGCUCGAGUACGGAACCUGCCACAGACACACGACUACGUCCGGGGCGAACUGGCGGAGAUCGCAGCACAGCUCGAGCACGAGCGCCUGUUGGUCGGUGGAGCAAAGACCAUGGACCUUCUCCGUGAGAUGUGGACCAUCCCCGGAAACCGCAAGCGGACGCUCAUCAGCAUCGCCCUGAUGGUCUGCCAGCAGAUGACCGGCACCAACGCCGUGAACUACUACGCCCCGCAAAUCUUCCAAGGUCUCGGCAUAACCGGCAACGCAACCUCGCUCUUCGCCACCGGUGUCUACGGCAUCGUGAAGAUGAUCACCUGCGUCGCCUUCCUACUCUUCGCCGCCGACUCCCUCGGGCGCCGCCGCUCGCUCCUCUGGACUUCCAUCGCCCAGGGCACGGCCAUGUUCUACAUCGGCCUGUACGUGCGCAUCGACCCGCCGGUCGCGGGCAAGACAAUCUCAGCUGCAGGAUAUGUCGCGCUGGUCUGCGUGUUCUUGUUCGCCGGUUUCUUCCAGUUCGGCUGGGGCCCUGUCUGCUGGAUCUAUGUGAGCGAGAUCCCAACGGCGAGACUGAGGAGUUUGAAUGUCGCGAUUGCCGCAGCGACGCAGUGGUUCUUCAACUUUGUGGUUGCAAGGGCGACGCCGAAUAUGCUUGCAACGGUCGGAAGGGCAGGAUAUGGUGCCUUCCUGAUCUACGGCUCUUUCUGCUUUAGCAUGUUCUUCUUUGUGUGGUUCUUCAUCCCAGAGACCAAGGGCCUGUCGCUGGAGAAGAUGGAUGAUCUAUUCGGUGUCACGGAACUCGCAAAAGCCAUCGACGAGGAAGCGGGCAGCAGACAUGGUUCUGCGGCUUCUGCACCAGCACGGGAAAUCGGCCUUGAUGGCAAGGAGAUGAGGGCAGAGCACAUCGAGCGGAAGUAA